CAACACUUGUUUAUAGUUUUAAAAGCAGACACAUGUUACAAAAAACCUUCUUAAAAUUUUAGGGGGAAAUAUGUUUCAAAACAUAAGUUUUACGUUUUUGUGCGCCUUGGCGUUUAUUUCGUGGUCGUUGUUAUGCUAUUUACACGCCAUCGAGGAGCUGCCAACUAAAUCAGAUUACGUCGUGGAACUGUAUACAGAGCGUCCAACCCUCACAGAUGUGCUAAAUUAUUGUCCUAGCCAAUCGGAACAAAAUAACAUUAUAGAUCGUUUAUUUGAUAUGCUCAAAACCUAUGGACUUGUCCUCAUUACCACUGUGGCGCUCUCUAAACUGUUGCAGUGGUUGGAGUUGCAGGCAAAAACUUGUAUGCAAAACGAUGAAGAAAUACUUGCACUUCCUUUUAUCGUAAACGUGCCGAUCGAACCGAUCGAGCCCAUCGAACCCAUCGAACCCAUCGAAGAGAACAAAGUGGAGACAGUCGAGACAGUGGAGACAGUGGAGACAGUGGAGACAGUGGAGACAGUGGAGACAGUGGAGACAUUGGAGACAGUGGAGACAGUGAACACCUUGGAGGUAGUCGAUGCCAUGGAAAUCGUGGAGAACGUGGACGCAGUGGAGACCAUGGAGACUGUGGAGCCCGUGAUGGCAUUGGAGACCGUGGAUACCAUGCAGACCGUAAUGGCAUUGGAGACCGUGGAGACCGUGGAGACAGUGGAGACCGUGGUGGCAUUGGAGACCGUGGAGAGAGUAGGGGACGUAGAGACUAUGGAAAAACCUAAGAUAGUGGAGGAAGUAAAGAAAAUGUGCGAUCCAGAAACUUCGCCAAAAAUUCUAAAGGAAAAUAUCGAGCUGAGAGAGCAGUUGAAUGAUUUGCAGGCGCGUUGUCGUGAGCUGCUUCAGGAACUGCGCGCUGUCAACAGCAACAGCAUAAGUAGUUGCCAUGAGCUACGCCGCAAUCCAUCCAACAGCAGUUUCAGCGGCCCCGAUACGGGUGUUUUUCAAAAUACGGACGAUUCUUCGGGCGUGGUAAUGUGGAAGCAGCCCGCCGCCAUGAAAUCUAGCGGGCUUUCCGUGGUGCAGUGUCGCGAUUCUUCGUCUUCAACGUCGCGGAACGUGUAUGUGACCCACAGCCACUAUCACAUUAAUAUUAAUGGGCCGGUGCACCUGACAAAGCAAAAUAUAAAUAUUGCUGUUUCAAGCCGCCCAAAGAAAUUACGCAGACGAAGUGAAUUUUUGCAAGUGUGGGGCACAUUCAUUAAAGGUCCGAAUGAGCGGCCCAUGUUAACGGGUAUAAAUAACAUCUUGAUGUGAAAGGCGCACAAAUCUGUAUA